AUGCAAUUUCCCUUGCUCUUAACCGCUCUCGCCAGCACGGCGACCAUCGCCAUGGCCCGCUCACUCUCCGCCGAGCCAUGGUCCGUCUCCGGAUACACAGACACAAAAUGCGGCAAUCUGGUUUACACCGUGGGCGACACCACGGACCAUUCCGACUGCACGAACUUCGACACCAGCAAGCCGAUCUUGGCCCUGGGCGCGGAAGUCCCGCCGGGCGUGUACUUGGACGUCUAUUUCAACAAGAACUGCGAGGGAAGCGUGUACAGCACCUUUACUGGUUGGAGCUGUCUCAAAUUCGACCACCUGCUCUUCCCGGAAUCUGUCAAGAUGUCGAAAAUCGGGACUGAGGAAUUCGAUAGGUCGGGAUUCAAGUCUUGGAAGAUCAGAAAGGAGCGCCGUUAG